AGGCCACAGGCUAUCCCGCGUACCCCCAGCACAUGGCCCAACACCCCGGCCCUGCGCUCCAGCCGUACCCGGCCGGGUACCCCACGCAGCAGUACGCGCAGAUCCACCCGCGCACCCCAAUUCCGACGGGCAGCUAUCCCUAUGCUGGCACCCAGCACAUGCACCCCGGGAUGGUCGCCGGACCGUCAGGCAGCCAGCCCUACCCCGGCACGGAGCCGGGCGCGUCUGAUCGGAGCUCGUCAUCAAGAUACGAGUGCAGUUACUGCGGCAAAGGGUUCACCCGGCCGAGCAGCUUGAGGAUACACCUGAACACGCACACCGGUGAAAAGCCGUUCACUUGCCCAUAUGAAGGCUGUGGCCGUAGCUUCAGCGUCCAGAGCAACAUGCGCCGGCAUGCGCGGGUACACACGCGUGGCCAAGAGUCCCAAGGCGGCGCCGAUCUGGAAGAGGAGGGCGACAGCGCGGAGGAAGAGUACCCAUCCUCGGCGUCGUCCUCGCCCAAGUCCCGCAAGACCUAAGCGACGCCGUGCCUGCCACUACUGCACCCGUCCAUCCGCGCCCUGCCAGCCUACCGUCGCCGUCGUACCGCAACCAGAGAAGAUCGACUGUAUCCUAAUCCGCACUACAGAGUACCCCAAACACGGCUAUUUGAUCGUCGCUACUAUUUAUUCGCUGCAUCUUACGCUAUCCUCGCAUCACACUGUACACUAUGCAUCCACUCGCACUCGUUCUACUCCGACGCUCAUUCCCUUUGUUCCGUUUCCGCACCCGCACCCGCAUCCAGGCCCUAUUUAUUCGCACCACGCAUUACCUCACCGCAUCGCCUCGCACUGCACCAUCCGCUCCCUGUCGUAUUUAACACCGCACGCACGUCGCCCCCCUUUUAAGCUAUAUUUAUUCCUUUUGC